AGCUAAAAUCGAAACAAAAACGGCAAAUUUUUGUGAAAAAUUGUUUUUCAAUGAAAAAUGGAAGGUGAUUGUUUACAGACACAAACUAAUAGUAUAGUGUUUUUAUUUGUUUGGACAUUAAUUAUUUCACGUGAACUAUAUUUAUUAAAAUAUAAACAUUCUCAACAAAAUGUACAAAACAACAAUUCGAACGGGAACAGAAACAAUAUUCGAACCAACAUCGGUAGGAUGGUUUGGUACAGUACCAGCAACAACCCCAAAUGGGGUACGGCGAGGAGGGCGACGGUCCCUUCAUGCCGUACCUCCACAAUCAAAUACGACAACCAUAUCCCGUAUACAUCAUCAGCAUCCAGUGGUAUUGUUUAAAACUGCUAAACAAACAAUCCGUUUAUCGGUUGCUGGACCCAGUGUUGGAUCCACAAAAACUAAUAAUAACAAUAAUAAUAUACCAAACACUCCGAAUAAUAACAAUAAUACCAAUAAUACAAAUAAAACUAACGAAAUGGGUCACAAACAAUAUAUGCGAGUGGGUCAAACAGCCAAAAAUAGUUUAUUUGGUGUUGAUCGAAGAUCAGCGCCUUCAUCAAAUGGUACGCCAUUACAAAUGUUGAUAUCACAACAGGGGAAAUUCAAUCAUGGACGUUUAGCAGUUAUAGUAAUAAGCUUGUUCACAUUGGCAAUGGGAAUUAUAUUAUCAUCAAUACCAUGGCUAGAUUAUCUAAUUCUUAAGAAUCUCAGGUUAUGGAAUGGAACAUUAAGUUAUCAUUAUUGGCAAAAGCCUGGUGUUGUUCGAUUAACCAAAGUGUAUAUAUUCAACGUAACAAAUCCAGAAAGUUUUUUGAAUAGCGGAGAAAAACCAAAUUUAGUUGAAAUUGGUCCUUUUGUUUAUCGGGAGGAUAUGGAAAAGGUCAAUAUCAAAUUUCACGAUAAUGGAACAGUUAGUUUUCAACAUAGAAAAAUUCUACAGUUUGUACCCGAAUUGUCUGUAAAUAAGGAUUUAAAAGUUAUGGUUCCAAAUAUCCCAUUAUUGACGUUAACAUCAAAAAGUAAUUCGUUAGGAUAUUUUGUACAAAAAACAUUAUCUUUGGGUUUAACAAUGUCGCGAUAUAAACCCUUUCGACCCUUAACUGCAGAACAACUGGUAUUUGGUUAUGAUGAUGGAUUAGUAAAAUUAGCGCACACAUUUUAUCCAAAACAUAUUCGGCCGAUGUCAAAAAUGGGUUUAUUAGUGGCAAGAAAUGGUACACUGAAUGAAGUUUCUACAAUUUACACAGGUCACACUGGAAUGGACAAAUUUGGUUUAUUAGAUAAAUUAAAUGGUUUGGAUCGACUGCCUUAUUGGGAUACAGCACCAUGUAAUGCAAUUGCAGCAUCAGAAGGAUCUUUUUUUCCACCACGUGAUUUCACUAACUCAGAUAUAGUUCACAUUUAUGAUAAAGAUCUUUGUAGAAUAUUACCGUUGGAAUAUCGUGGGCCUGUUAGUAAAGAUGGUUUGAACGCUGAUUUGUAUACACCACCAGAAAAUGUGUUCGAAACGGCUGAAGUAAAUCCUGAUAACAAAUGCUUCUGUUCUUAUAAAGAAGAAUGUGCACCAAGGGGCUUACAAAACAUAGCACCUUGUCAAUAUGAUGCGCCAGUAUAUUUAUCAUUUCCACAUUUUUAUAAAGCCGAUGAUACUUUAUUGGAGCCAUUUGUUGGUUUGAAGCCUAACAAAGAGUUGCAUGAAACAUAUUUUAAAAUACAAUCGAAACUAGGAGUGCCAAUUGAGGGAAAAGUCAGAGUUCAAAUGAAUUUAAAAGUUGAAAAAGCAGAACAUGUUGCAUCAGUCGCAAAAUUUCCUUCUAUUAUGUUCCCAAUUAUGUGGUUAGAAGAGGGUAUUGAUGAAUUAACACCACCAAUUCGCCGAUGGAUAUAUUUAGCAACAGUCUUUGCUGAAAAUGCCGUACCAAUAUUUACAUAUGGUUUAAUAAUAUUUGGUGCAUUAACAUUAGUAUUUGUAUUCAUACGUGCCUAUAAGAAUGUUGUAUUUACACAAGAGACAAUUGAAAUGGGUAAACGAACAAUACGACGGGGCAGUAGUUUUAUUGUAAAUGGUCAACAUAGGUUAAUGAUUGUUAGGGAUAGUUAUUCAUUAUUAUCACAUGUUAGCCCUGAAGAAACACAAUCGUUAUGUUAAUGAUUAACUUAUUAUUUAUAUUAUUAAAAUAUUAUCGUUAAGUGGAAAAGAAGGAAUGUAUUAUAAAUCAUUGGUGCAUGCAGAAAUCAACCCGUCGAACUUAAAAUACAAAACAUGACAUUCCAAAAAAAUUUUUUUAUCAUGUAUUUUUUCGUAUCGACAUACUUAAAUGUGAUAAUUAGUCAUUUCCAAUCAUAAAAUUAAUAAAGACAAAAACAAAUUCGUGCAAUAUAAACAAGAAAAAAAGUUUAUUUAAAAAAAAAGUUCACAAAAGCAAUUCAUCAGCUGUAUGUUCUUUUUGCAUCCGUGUUGUACACUCAGUGCAAGUGUAAAAGGAUAGCUCUAUCAAAGUGUUCUAAUACCAUCCUUUUCUACUUACACUCAGUGUAAAUAUUACAGGGUGUCCCAAGACUUGAUGGACCUAGGUUAAGAAGUAUUCUUUCGACAAUUUCAAGUCGAAAGUGCCUAAUAUACUUUUUUCUUAAGCCCAAUAGUUAAGGAGUUAUGUGAACUAAUUAAUUCAACCAAUCCUUAACUAUUGGGCUUUAGAAAAAACAAUAUAAGGCACUUUCGACUUAAAAUUGUCAAAAGAAUACGAUCUAAAACUAUAUCCAUUGAGUCAUGGAACACCUUGUAUAUGCACUAGGGUACCAAAAAAAAACAUACACAGUCCAUUAAAAAAAUAAAAAUAAAAUCGAUAACAUGAUAUUUAAACAAAAAAAUUACAGCAAGUAACAGCUAAAAAAUCGAAAAUUCAACAAAUCAUAAUAGAAAACCGACGGAACAUAUUUAUUUAUACUUAAAAACAAUUUUAUAUAAUAUUUUUUAUUUUAGAAAGCUGUUGUUAAUUUGUUUUGAAUUUAUUAUAACAUUUUGACACAGUGUUUAGCGGGUCAAUGUUAGCGGGUUAGUGUUAGAAAUGAAAUGAAAUUUACGAUAUCAAUUUUAGAAAGACAUCAAUA